AUGGAGACGGCGCAAUCGCACAUGCGUCAAGCGGCCGUCGGUCAUCCAGCUAAGCCGCUAGCCAUCGCGGCCGCUAGCAGCCUGGCCCUGCUUGGUUGUCGGCGGGCCCCAGGCCCCAUCGCGGGCCCAAGCCAACACGCCUUCCGGGUGCCCCGGGGGCCCCAUCCUCUGCUGCUGGCCGCUGGCUACGCACUAGUCCUACGCUGCUCGCUGUCACGGCUGAUCUUAAUGUCUCCAGGCGAUGCGCUCACCGCUCGAUAUCCUGUUCGCGGAGAGCAUUCUCUCCAGUCGGAGGGAGCUCUCUGCCUCUUCUUCCGCCGUUUCCUCUUCUUUCCUCCUCCAUGCCCGGCGACACCCUCGCUCCCUUCUCCUGCAACCAGACCCUGUCCGCUGCACAUCCAUCCAUACAUAUACUUUGCGCCACUCUCAAUCAGCAUUCGUCUCUCGCUUCUCCUCCAGGACGGGUCUGAGUCCUCGUUGGCUAUCUCGGACAGCUGCCCUUUACCUUUUGUCACCCUGGCUGCGCUAGGAGUUCCUGUCCGCCCCGUUCCCUACUCGAGGUCCCUGGCCGGCCACAAUCAAUACCACCAUCACUUGGGCGGUCCUCUUUCCAAUCAGCCCACCUUCCCCUCUCAGAGUCGACUACCGGAGGGCAAUAGUCAUCUUGAGAGGGGAAGGAGCCGGCCAUGUGUCGGGCCACGGCCGUGGCGAGACGACGACGAAGAUCUGCUGCCUAUGUCCGAGACUCCAACUGCGUCAGGCCCUCCUCCCAGUGGUCCCAGGAACGAAGAGCAGCAGCAGCAGCAGCAGCAGCAGCAGCAGUCGCCGCUAAGAGGUGGGAUUGAGCAGCCAGCUGCAUCCCAAGCUCCAGAAACGUCGGCAGCACCCAGGUCUUGGGAAACCGGCUCCAAGAGGCCUCUCUCAUGGCAUCCACCACAGUCGAUUGAGCCUCGGCCAGAGCCGGCACAGCCCCGUUCUAUUGGGGUCCAUGCGAUCUUGAAUCCUCCAGAGGGAGGUGCGUCCAACGCACCGUCUCGACAGAGCAGUCGAGAAGUCUUGGAAAUGCCCCCUUCCAUGUCACCAUCCCCGCAGCAGCGUUCCUCGUCAUCCCCGCUCAUGCGCGUCUCCAAUCCGGGACCUCAGUAUAUCCAAGCAGAUCGCCCAUCACUCUCGCCAGGCAUUCGACCUCGCCGGAUUAUCACUCCGGUCUCCCCCGCUGCGCGUUUCGCCAGCGUUCCUGGGAAGCCUGGGACGGUUGCGGGGAAAGUCAGUGUCUCUCAAUCACCUUUUGUGCAAGAGCCGUCCUCCGGCGUCUACAGUGUUCCUCCCAAUGUCUCUUUGCCUUCGGAGACGACUCAGUCUCCGAGCUUGGCUGUGUCGGGUCGGAUUCUUCCGCCUCAACCGUCUCGCCAUUCCACACCGACUUUUCACACCCGGCGGACCAGCGCGGGGCUUGCGACAAAUCCCAGUUCUCAGGACACAAGUCCAAGCACGCCUCACUCGACUUACACCCCAUUCGCUCAGUCAUCCCCGUCCAUGGGCCCAGGGAUGCCCCAGCCACCAGGACCUUCGUCAUUAGAACCGCCACCGCUCUUUCUUCCUCCCACUGUAGACCCCCUCAGUCGGGCUCCAGGUCAGAUGGGUGUCCAGAGAUAUGGAGAAGAUCCAUCCCUCCCAGGGCCUCCUCCGGACGUGCCGCCUCCUCCCUUCCAGGGCAUGAUUCCCGUCGUUGUUGAUUUCAAGUCCGGGUCUCGUAGUCAGGCUGAGAAACGGAAGGCGAACAGCGAUGCGUCCCGAAGGUUUCGGAACCGAAAGAAGAACGAGAUGGCGAUGGAGCAGAAGAUUAACGCCCAGGCGGAGGAAAUCCGGCUUUUGACGGAAGAGAGAGAUUACUAUCGCGCCGAGCGGGAUUUCUUCCGGGAGAGCCUUAGUCGAGCCGUGUCUGGUCCGCUCCCGACUCGACCACCGUCGCCACGGCACUUCCGACCGUCCGUGGGGCAGGCAGGAAGCGAGGGCGCGAAGGGAUCGGUGUUGCAAGGGACCUCGAAAAGCGAGGGCAGCAGUCCGGCGACCAGCGCAGCAGGAGCACCACCUCCUCUUCCGACUGCGCCACCCCAGCCUCAUGUCAGCGGCACUUCCACGGAUCCAUCAGCUUAUCUGACUGCCACUGCUGGCGGGGGCCCAAGAGUUGGUCGAGACGAAGGGCAAAUGCAGCCUCGUCCGCCGCCUCCUGGACCCUGGCCCCCGGGAACUGCGAGUGGAGACGUCAGCGGUGGACAGGCGCAGGUGCAGCCAGCUCAGGGGGGCUACCGACCCCCUCCAGAUGCCCAGCAGCAGCGCGAUUCGUUUGGAAGGAGCUGGAAUCCUGGACCAUGA